AUGAUGCUAAUUUUUUGUGAACCAGGAAAUGUUUGCAAGUUAUGGAACGGCCACUAUGAUUGUCUUUCUGAAGAUUAUACGAAACAAUUUGGAUGUGCCGAACGAGUGCAAAAUAGGGUCCUCAUCGACAUUAGAGUCUUCCUAGAAUCUAUGAGUAAAAAGCUUAGUGAUUACGACCUUCCAAAUGUCAGUGCACACAUCGAUUUACAAUCAAGAGGCUAUCGUGAGGUGCAAGAAGAAUACUCUAUAAAUGUGGAAUAUAAAGACUUACAUGUGCGAGACUCUCUCAAUCUAGACCAAAAGUUUGCAUAUGAUGAGAUAAUAAGGCAUGUGGAUCAAAAUAUUAUGGGUGUGUUCUUCAUAGAUGAUCCCGUUGGAACUGGAAAGACAAUUUUGUACAAAACUUUGUUGGCCAAUAUUCGUGCUCGUGGUCUUAUUACACAUGCAACUGCCACGUCAGGUGUUGCGGCUAACAACAUGCCAGGAGGGAGAACAACUCAUUCACGAUUUGGAAUUCCCCUCAAUAUUGAUAAUAACUCGAUGUGCAAGAUCACUAAACAAGGUGGGAAGGCUCAGAUACUUCACGAGGCAAAGGUAAUCAUAUGGGAUGAAGUAGCAAUGGCUAAGAGGCACGCAGUAGAAGAAGUUGAUCGGACAAUGCAAGACAUCACAUAUAAGAAGCUCCCUUUCAGUGGAAAGAUAAUGGUUAUGGGAGGUGACUUUAGACAAGUGUUGCCGGUCGUGAGACAUGGCACUCGAGCACAAAUUUUCGACUCUAUAUUACGAAUGUCACCUCUAUGGGCUUCAGUUAAAAGGCUUCAAUUAAAUAUCAACACGAGAGUGGUAAAUGACCCAUGGUUUUCUGAUUUUUUAUUACGAGUCGGUGAUGGAAAGGAGGAAACAUUGGACGAGUCCUAUAUUCGUAUACCUGAUAACAUGUCCAUUCCAUGCACUGAUAAAAUUAAACCAGUGGACGCUCUGAUUGAUCCAAUAUUUCCUUCUUUGCAAUCUAACGGCGCCGAUUCACAAUUUAUCAUUUCGAGGGCGAUACUGUCAACUAAAAAUGAAAGUGUUGAUGAGAUUAAUAAUAAGUUGAUCGAACGAUUUUCUGGUGAGCAAAAAGUUUACUAUAGUUUUAAUGAAGGAGAAUAUGACAAAAAUAACUUAUAUCCAAUGGAAUAUUUGAACUCGCUAAAUGUUAGUGGUGUACCCCCUCAUUAUCUUCGGUUAAACAUUGGGUGCCCUGUAAUACUUUUGCUAAAUAUCGAUCCUUCAACUGGGUUAUGUAAUGGCACCAGAUUGAUAUGUAGAGCUUCCCAACAAAAUGUCAUUGAUGCAGAGAUAGUUGUUGGCCAACAUGCUGGAAAAAUAGGGUUUUUACCAAGAAUUCCUCUAUGUCUGUCUGACGAUGAGAUGUUCCCAUUCAAACUUAACAAAACACAGUUUCCAAUUCAGCUUAGUUUCUCUAUGACAAUGAAUAAAGCUCAAGGACAAACAAUUCCAAAUGUAGGUGUUUAUCUACCAGAAUCGAUAUUCUCACAUGGCCAACUUUAUGUGGCAUUGUCCAGAGGAAUAUCACGUGUCAAUACCAAGGUAUUAGUAAAGCCGGAAAAAACGUUUGAUAAUGAUGGAAUCUACACAUCAAAUGUUGUGUAG